GGCGCAUUUUUAAACCUCUUCAAAACAGAAUCAAACGCAGCUAUCUUUCUAAGGUUUCGGGAUUCCGUUUCCGCCCUUCUCCGCCGUCUCCGCCGUCUCCGAUUCUCCAUAGCUCCUCCAUUUCCAUUUCCGCCCUGCUUGUGGAAUCCCCUAUUCCUUGCCCUUCUAGAUAUUACAGUAAUUUUAUUUUAUUUAUUGUUUUUCCUCCUCUCCGUUUUCAAUCCUCGACGUCUUGUUGUACGUUAAUUAUCUUGUCCAACCGGAAGAUUCCUCUAAAGGUUGUUGGAAACUAAGGUCAAACCAGCAGGCAUCUUCCUCGGUGUAAAAUUAUUCUUUUUUUCUUGUGGUGAUUAUUUUUCUCUUUUAGAAUUUUGAGCGUAAGUCGCGGAUUUGGAGUCGCCGGCGGCUUACCUAUGCUGGGUCGCUGUUUUUGCAUCGAAUGAGAAAAAAAAAUAAAAAAAUGAGCGGGUCCACCAGGGAAAUCUGUAAGCCGGACACCAGGGGUAAAGCUAAAGGCCCUUCAGGCUGGAUGGAUUUCGACCUUAAGCAAAGGCGGAAAAAGCAAGGUCUGGAAGCUGAAAAUGAUUCUGAUGCUUACCCUGUGCUAUCAGGUACUAUUGCCCCCAAUAGUUUAAUUAAAAAGAACGAAGUAUUUGUGAAGAAUACCAUUUCAUCCCCUAUUGUUGGUCCCAAUGAUUUUCCUUCCUUGAUGGAUACGGAAAAUAUUGGGCCUAAGGUGUCAAGCAAGGCUGAUUAUCAGAAGCUUAAUGAACUUUGCCAUAUUGUGGAUGAAAGGUUGAUCGAGGAUAUCUUGGCUGGUGUAAACUACAAUUUUGAUAAGGCUAUAUCUUUAGUUGAGGCAAUGUUUAACUCUGAGAUUAAAGAUGUUGAUAUCAAGGAAGUCGAAUCCAGUAGGGUUGAUUUCCAAUCCUUUGAUGCACCUGAAAAUCAUUUAGUAGAAAAUUUGGAUAUGGGCUGUAUCACUCGUGUUCUUCCUGACUAUGAGGCAUCUUCAGCUCUAAAUUUGGAUUCCUCCAAGUCUUUACCCAUUGAACCUGAGUGGGAAGAGGAUGAUAUCUACCUGGCCUAUAGGAAAGAUGCUAUUAAGUCGAUAAGAUCAGCAUCUCGUCAAUCUAAAGCUGCAAAUGAUGCAUAUAUUAAGGGUGAUCAUAUAUCUGCACGUCAUUAUUCAUGUAUAGCUAAAGAACAAUGGGUUAUGGCUAAGAAGCUUAAUGCCAAGGCAGCCAAGGAAAUUUUUGCUGUAAGAAAUUGUAAAAAUGAUCUUUGGACAUUGGAUUUGCAUGGUUUGCAUGCAUUGGAAGCAGUUGAGGCUUUGCGUGAUCGGUUGAGAAGUGUUGAAUCCCUUGUAUUAUCCAGUAGCUUUGCGACAUUGGGUGGAGCCCACAGCGGAUCAAGCUUGUUUGGUGCAUCUGUACCAUCUGCCAAUCAUGUUAAGAUGGGCACACCUGUGAGAUAUACCCCUUCAACCAGGCCGAGGCAAUUACACUUGCAAGUGAUAACAGCAGGGAAACAUUGUUCCCAGAUCCUCGGCCUGAGCUCCCAUAAUCUACACUCACAGGAGGAAGAAGUAGGAAAUGGCAAUCAUAGCAGGGGAGCAGCCACACUUCCAUCAGCUGUCAAAAAUUUCCUCAACGAGAAUAGGUAUCAUUAUGACGAGACUAGGGCUGGAGUGCUAAUGGUUCAUCCCAAGUUCCGAAAACAGUGAGCUGUCGUGCCACUACUCUUUGGCCGGGGUGGAUGUUGUGCAUUCAUUGUAUCUUGUUAGUAUGAUUGUGUAUAUCUUGAAUUUCUGCCAACGAGUCUAAUGUAUUGGGGAUGGUCACGCGUGGACUCUCCAAUAGUAUUUUUAAUUAUAUGCUCGUGGAGGAGGAAUGAAGCUAGAUAUCAACUUACCGGGUGUAUUCAAUUCAGAUUUUAUAGGAUUUUUAAAAUCUGAAUGUAUGUGUGGACUUUCCAAUAUUAUUUUUAAUUAUAUGCUCGUGGAGGAGGAAGGAAGCUUGAUUUAACUUACCGGAUGUAUUCAAUUCGGAUUUUAUAGGAUUCUUAAAAUCUGAAUGUA